UAAGAUGACAAUAUGUAGAGAUAACAAACAAAUGUAUAUUAAUUCAGGGAUAUCCCUAGCCCACCCACCUAACCAUCCUGCUGGUGCAUAAAUAGUCUCAAAUAAGAUGAUAAACCAUACAAGAUUUCCUUACACAGUCAGCGGUUGAUCGGUAUCAUAUCCAGAAAGGCAACAUGAAUAACGUAUCCGCUGCUUCAAAAAGUAGCUGGUUAUAUGACAGUCCAGUCAAUUCUGAAGUUGAGGCAAAGCUGAGACAUUUCUUGGUUGAAUUGAAGAAUACUACUGAUAGAAUACUUGGAAUCCAGGUUUGUGCGUACAAAGACGGGAAAGUGAUAAUUGAUACUGCAGCUGGAUUCCUGGGAAAAGAGGAUCCUCGUCCGGUUCAGCCUGACAGCUUAUUUCCGGUUUUCUCUGUAACUAAGGGUGUCACAGCCGGAAUGAUACACUGGCUGGCUGAUAAAGGGAAACUGAAGCUUGACGAAAACGUUGCACAUAUUUGGCCAGGGUUCGGUACAAAUGGAAAAGAUCAAAUAAAGGUUAAUCAUGUACUUAAUCAUACAGCUGGCUUACACAAUGCUCUUGCUGGCAUUUCUGAAAAUGAUCAUAAGCUGUUUUGUGAUUUUGAUGAGUGUCUAAAGCGCAUUGCUACUGUCGCACCCGAGAUCGAACCUGGGCGUGUACAGUUAUAUCAUUAUCUAUCAUAUGGAUGGCUUUGUGGUGGGAUCAUUGAGCAUGCAACCGGCAAGAAGUUUCAGGAUAUUCUUGAGGAGGCUAUUGUACGCCCACUUGGCAUUGAAGGCGAGUUCUACAUAGGGAUUCCGCCUGGUGUCGAAUCUCGUCUUGCGACUCUAACAAUAGAUAGAGAUGAUCUCAUCCUGUUUGACCCAGAACACGAUAUCUAUAAAUCCAGCUUGUACUCGGGCUCCUGGCCUUCCUCAUACACAUUCAACAUGGUUUCAACCCUUAUUCCAUUAAUGAAUACUCUCAAUGCCCGUCGUUCCAUACAACCUGCUGGCAAUGGACACUUCUCGGCUCGUGCUUUGGCUCGUUACUAUGCCACCCUCGCAGAUGGCGGUGUGGUCCCAUCUCGCCAUCCCUCUUCACCCCUCCCUCCACUCGAAAGCCACCCAACGAAAGAUGACGUCAACACCAAAAUCUUUACCAACCCAAAAGAGAAAAUGCACGAUGCCUUUUAUGGAAGUGGAGAUUAUAAGGAUUUGUCCCUCCCGAAUAGUGGGUUUGGGCUUGGGUUUGUAAGACUUAACACAACGGGUGGUUCGCUAAUCGGGGUUGGUCACAUGGGCUUAGGUGGAUCUACAGGUCAUUGUGACAUAAACAACAGGUUUGCAAUUGCAGUGACCGUAAACAAGUUGUCUUUAGGCGCUUUGACCGGGGAGAUAAUCAAGUUUGUUUGCUCGGAACUUGACCUUCCUAUACCACAACUCUAUGAUUUGCUAUCGGUUAAAUGAAGAUCAAGUUUUGAUCUAAACCUGUUGAAGAUUGAUUUGCUGCAAUGCUUCAAUUUCUGGCUUCUUUAAUAAUAAUGUAUAUAUGGUUUCUUCAAUAAUCAUCUAGGAAAAGAUGAUGAAAAUAAAUAGUACAUCCAUAGUAAUAAUUCCCAAUUUCAUCCAUGGUUUUCAUUAAAAGAUUUGUAUCAAUAUAUAUAAGAAUAAUAGGAGACAGAACAGUGAGACACCAAACGAUUACUACAAGGAAUCAAGAAUGUAAAAGAUGAUGUAUACUAAGUCUGUUACAUAAAUAACAAUAUCUUUACAGGUA